CUUCGCAUACGAUCGUCAUCAAAACGAUGGCUGCCACUCAAACCACAGUUUCAGUCACCCCAUAUUACGACCGACCGACCGAACUCAAAGCCUUCGACGAAACAAAGGCCGGUGUCAAAGCCCUGGCCGAUGCCGGAAUCCAAAAGAUCCCUCGUAUCUUCCACAACCAACCGGAACCCUUGCCCAAAUCCUCCACCCCUUUCGAGAUUCCAGUUGUGGACCUUGGGUCCACCGAUAGAGCAUCGACGGUGGCGAAGAUCCGUGAGGCGUCGGAGACUGUAGGGUUUUUUCAAGUUGUGAAUCACGGGAUACCUGUGACUGUGAUGAACGAGAUGCUUCAAGGAGUCCGUAGAUUUCACGACCAAGAUGUGGAGGUGAAGAAACGGUUUUACACAAGAGAUCCUUCGAGAGCAGUGAUUUAUAAUAGCAAUUUCGAUCUGUUCAGCUCCCCUGCUGCAAAUUGGAGAGACACUUUUAUUUCAUUAAUGGCUCCAUCACCUCCGCCCCUGGAAGAAUUGCCGGAGGUUUGCAGAGAAAUACAAGUCGAGUACUCGAAUGAAGUGAUGAAACUAGGUGGAGUCCUAUUUCGAUUGAUCUCAGAGGCGUUGAAACUGAAUCCUAAUCACCUUGGAGAUUUAGACUGUGACAAGGCGCUUGCCUUUGUCGCCCAUUGUUACCCUGCUUGUCCACAACCAGAUCUAACCAUGGGUGCAACCAAACACACAGACGAUGGGUUCAUUACCGUUCUUCUACAAGAUGAAAUUGGAGGCCUUCAAAUACUUCAUAACCAACAAUGGGUUGAUGUUCCUCCAACCCCUGGUGCGCUUGUGGUCAAUAUUGGAGAUCUAUUACAGAUGAUAUCGAAUGACAAAUUCAGGAGCGUGGAGCACAGAGUGGUGGCGAACGAGAAAGGGCCGAGGGUGUCGGUGGCAUGCUUCUUCAGCAGCUCCCUGGCGCCGUCGACAAAGGUGUACGGACCCAUCAAGGAGUUGGUUUCCGAUGACAACCCAGCGAGGUACAGAGAAACCACCGUUUAUGACUACAUCCAGUAUUCACUCUCCAAGGGACUUGAUGGCGUUCCUCGUUUACUUCAUUUGAAGCUUUAAAUUAUAUUUUCAACACAUACCAUUAUCAUAUUCAUCAUCAAACUCGUAAUUAUUACUAUUCAAUAUAUAUCUAUACCUAAAUAAUUAUAAACUCGUAAUUAUUACUAUUCAAUAUAAGGUUUGUUUUCUUAAAAAGUAAAAAAAGAUUUUUACUGUACGUUAGUCCAUGGGAAAGCCCGCUUUUUGUAAAGCGGGUUUUGAAAAGUUUUCAAGAUUGUAAAAACGGACUUGGAUUUACUAUAUAUUAGGUUCGUUAGACAAGAAAAAUAUGUUAGACCUGGCCCGGGCCCGACCCAAACCCAUAAAUAAUAAGCUCUAAUGGUUUGUAAACCCUACUUCUGAAACAAAAUAUAUUGGAAUCGUUUGGCUUCAAAAGAAUUAUAAGUUGAUUAUAAAAUUUUAACUAUUGAAUGUUGUUCUUGAUAUCUAGGAUUUUUGUCGAAUGAGUGUAUCUUCAAGUUAAAUCACAGGUCUGUAAAGUCUCGUGAUGCGUUAUUAGUCAGAUUCCACAAGUUUAAGGGAUCUUUAAAGUUUUUCUGGUUGAUCUUGAGAAAAUUUUUAAAGUUCUUUGAUUGGUUUUGAUGGGAGUUUUUUGGUUUUUG